AUGCCCAGGAGUAGAGAACCUCCUUCCUGUGUCCUUCAUCUUCUCCAUCCACCCGCACCCCUCGUGACUGCAGGGAUAUCUCCAAGAAACUCUCUGGUGCUGUCUUCAUUGCCCAGGAUGUCUUUGGUGGCAGGAGAUUGGGGCCAUGGCCUGGGUGGAGUUAUGCCUUUGAACAUGAUGCAAGUUGGGACACCAGGGGGACCCGCUCAGCCUGCGCACAAUGCCAACCUUGUCUUCAUUCGGGUGCCCCUCAACUGGAAUGUCCCUGUGGUCCUUGGUGGAGGUGUAGAGCACCCUGCUCCCCUCUUCAUGAAAGCACCUUCUGUGAACACCUUCGUUAAUGUCCCAGGCGUUGCAGCUUCCCAGCCCUGCAAGGGGAACUGGGUUCUGAGCCUUCCCUCUCCAGCCCCACCACAAGUUGUCCAGCUGAUCCCUGUAAUGUCGCCAGUGAAUGCAGCACCACCUCCACAAGGGACAUAUGGAGAGGGUGGCCUGGCCAACUUUCAGACUAACCCCCCAGAAAAUGACUUGUCCAAACCGGACAGCGCGUAUGGGUACUUCCGGCACUGGCAACAUAUCAAGACCCUGGUCCGGAGGCACCUGCCCCAGACUCCUGACGUAGAAGCAUUCUCUUGCUUCCUCAUCCCAGUGCUUCGAUCCCUGGCCCGGAGGUGGCCCGACAUGAAUGUGGAGAAGGGUCUAUGGAGGGGUCUGCAUGAAUGGAAGUCCACAAGCAACUUUGACCGGAUGAUUUUCUUUGAGAUAGCAGAUGAGUUCACAGAGUUUGAGCGUGCAGAAGAGAUGGAGGAUCCAAGGUUGGAGAUAAUGAGAGGCUUCCAGUUCCAGCCUCCUGAAGUCCCACUGAUACAGGAUCCUCCAGGGCCCCAAGCCCCUGAGGUUGUCCAGCAGCCAGGUAGGUUCUCCCACCUACCUGCAAGUGUGUGUAUAGAUGCUGAAUAUGAUAGACUGUUGUUCCAACUGUAGGCCUCUUCCUACAAGAUACUGUAUUUACUAUGCAAGCUGAACAGCUCCCUACAGCUUGGGGUUCCUGCUGCCCUUGGUCUUGAACUAGAUAAUGACCUGGCCAUGAUAAAUGAAUACUUCCCCGUCCCCCCGCCAAAUUGACUCCAAACACUGGAUGGUCAGGACAUGGGCAUUGGGUCUGGAGAGAAGAACCUGGAAUACUGGUGACUCUAAACAUUCCCCCACAUGACUGUCUAGACCUUUCACCUCUUGCAGUUUCCCCUCUCACAGGUCCUUAGGCAAAGCUGUCCUGGCUCACCCUGGACCCCAUCUGUGUAUUGUCAUGUUCCCCUUCCUCCUAGUGUGCAUCCCCAUGAAGACUGAAUCCAAAGUCAACCCUGCCCAUCUACCAGCACCCGCACACCAGAAAUCAACAAAGACAGAGGCACCCAUCGAGAUCACUCCUGAAGCUGUGCAGGAGUAGAUAGACAUCAUGGACUGGCUGGAGGGGCUUCCAUGCUCAGACACAGGGAAGCCUGAAGAAAAGAGGGAAAGGGACAACACUGAGUCACAGCGAGAAGGACAUGACUUAUACACAGACCCAGGACUCCUAAGCUACAUUGAUGAGUUGUGCUCCCAGAAAGACUUUGUCAAACAGGUGAACUGCACCUAGAGCCUAAGUGUUGGCCAGAUUCUGAGAUCCUUGGAACGAAGCCUUUUCUUUUCUUUUCUGCUGCUGCCACCACUGCUGCUCCUGCGCUCGGGUGCGCUCUCGCUGUCUCUGUCUCUGUCUCUCUCUCUCUCUCUCUCUCUCUCUCUCUC